AUGAGCAGUGCUGAGCCGCAGACGAAGAAAACGAAAAUGGCUUCAAGUUUGGAACAACUGAAACAGCUCACCACGAUCGUGGCCGACACCGGUGACUUCGAGGCGAUGAAAACGUACAAGCCCACCGAUGCGACGACGAAUCCGUCGCUGAUUUUGUCCGCGGCCGGCAUGGAACAGUAUCAGCAUCUGAUCGAUAAAGCCAUCAAGCAUGGACAAAAGGCGGGAACCUCAAUGGAGGAGAAGGUUUCCGAAGCUGCGGACAUGCUGUUCGUGCUGUUUGGCUGCGAAAUUCUGAAGCUGGUACCGGGUCGUGUAUCGACCGAGAUUGAUGCACGGCUUUCCUUCAACAAGGAAGCCUCCAUUGCAAAGGCACUGAAGCUGAUCGCACUGUACGAAGAGCUCGGUGUAAAGCGUGAUCGGGUGCUGAUCAAGUUGGCCUCCACCUGGGAGGGUAUACAGGCGGCGAGCGUACUGGAGAAGGAGCACAACAUUCACUGCAACCUGACACUGCUGUUCUCGUUUGCCCAGGCCGUUGCCUGUGCGGAAGCGGGCGUCACAUUGAUUUCUCCGUUCGUGGGCCGCAUACUGGACUGGUACGUGUCCAACACCGACCAGAAAGCGUUUGAGCCCGAGCAGGACCCGGGCGUCGUCUCGGUGACAAAGAUCUACAAUUACUACAAGAAGUUCGGAUACAAAACCGUCGUGAUGGGUGCUUCGUUCCGGAAUGUGGGCGAAAUUAUGGCACUGGCUGGGUGCGAUCUGCUCACGAUUAGCCCGAAACUGCUGGGCGAUCUGGAGAAGAGUGCCGAACCAGUCAAACCCUAUCUCGACGCGGACAAAGCCAAAUCGGUGGCGCUGGAAAAGAUCCACAUGGAUGAGGCAACGUUCCGUUGGAUGUUGAAUGAGGAUCAAAUGUCUACCGAUAAGCUGUCGGACGGUAUUCGUAAGUUUGCUGCCGAUGGUCGCAAGCUGGAAACGAUGCUGCGCGGCUUAUUGCAGGCUGCUGAGUGA